UAUGCCUUGGCCACAAUAAAGACAUGCAAAACUUUCCUUCCUAACAAAUACAUGUUUCUUUCUGAAGCUCAAUCGGUUCCUCCUAGUCAUAUAAUAUAUGUAAGCAUUACAAUCCAGGCACUACUAAAUUAAACUCAAGUGUAAGAUCAAUGGAAGGAGGAACAGUGCUUACCCCAGCUUUGGAAGAAAUGAAGCAUGUCAAGUCUGGAAGUGGAGACAUGCUCACCAAGCCAUUCUUAAAUGUUUGCAAACUCAUCUUGCCUAUUCUAGAUAAAUUAGGAGCUGCCAUGACUAUGGUGAAAUCUGAUAUAAGUGGAAACAUUUCAAGAUUGGAAUCCAAAUAUGAAACGAAUCCAUCAAGAUACAAUUAUUUGUACAGUUUUGUACAGGCAGAAGUUGAAACAAAAUCUGCCAAAUCAUCAUCCAGUUGCACCAAUGGUCUUCUUUGGCUCACAAGGGCAAUGGAUUUCAUAGUGGAACUUAUACGUAACUUAGCUGAGCAUCAGGACUGGUCAAUGUCACAAGCGUGCAGUGAUUCAUAUGCAAAAACUUUGAAAAGCUGGCACGGAUGGCUUGCUAGUUCUAGCUUUACAGUUGCAAUUAAGCUUGCUCCAGAUAGGAAGAAGUUCAUGGAGGUAAUAGUUGGAGCUGGGAAUAGCUAUGAGGAGAUGGAGGCUUUCUACACAACAUUUUCACCUAUUCUUCAAGAGAUUCACAAAUUUCUGAGAAGUGUUGGCUUGGACAAUAUGAAAGCUUCGUGAUGUCAUACACCAAACUUUAAUGCAUCGUGUUCCUGUCAUCUAAUUAAUUUCUGUAUGUAUAUCUUCUGGACAGUUAAUAUUAUGUUAACUACAUAAUUAAUGUGACAUUAUAUUAUCAACCAUGCUGAUAUUUGUAUCAGCACUCGACUAAAGCCAUAGCAAUAUAAAAACAGUGUACUUCAUUUAAAGUAUGUCAAGUUGACAAUCACUUUUUUAGGCAGAUUUUGUAGGAAGUGCAUUUAUUGAACAAAAAGUUGUA